AUCCGCCACCUCGCUCUCGCUCUCGCUCUUCGUCUUCUUUCUCGAUCGCGGUCCUCGGGUCUCGAGGAAGAGCGGGAGCCCUCGUCGCGGAGAUGUGCUCUCUUAUCGUCAACGGUUUUUCUUGCUUGGUGUCUACCAUGAUUUGAAUUUUUCUAUCUAUACUGUGACGGGAAGUUUCUAAUUACUAAGUGAGGUGGGCAGCCUUUGUGGAGACCAGUCAUUCGAAAAGAAUUAGUCAGUGGUUAGUGUACACUUCUUGGAAUAAAAAUAGAAGAGAUGAACCGAAAGGUAUUGGAUAAAAGUGAAGGUGUUAUGCACAAUCUGAAGAGGAAGAGAGAAUCUGGUGCAUGUUUCACUACUUUUGGCCAUGGCCUAGUAGCAAAUCCACAAAUCCCAGAUCUAAGGGGUUGCAACAUAAAGCGUUGUACAAAUGAUUUCAGCUGCAGUAUUCAGAGUCAAAUUCUCAAUAAAUAUUGCAAUUUCACAAAAAGUGGUUUGCCAUGUCGGGUGCUAUCUUUCGAGGAUGGUGAAUGGAAAGAUUUUGCUGAGAAUAUCAUCAGUUUGGUCCAGGAAGAUUUCCGGCUAAAGAAGGCAAUUACUGAAGCAUAUUUUAAGAAUCAGCACUUUUUGUUAGACUUUGUCCACAUGGUAUACAUUGAUCUGAAAACAGGUUUACAGAAACCGAUCGCUUGGAUUGAUGCAGAUGGGAAAUGUUAUUUCCCAGAAGUAUGUCCUGAAAAUUAUGGAUUAAAUAGAUACCAUCAUUAUGGCAAGGGCAAACAAGUUCACAUGAUUUGUGAUCCAAAUGGGACACAUGAAAUUGAUGCCCGUUUGGAGAUUUCUGUUAGUGCAGCUGAAAGCUCAAGUUCAGGAUCUGAUGAUGAGGUUAUGUCCAAUGUCAAGAGGAUCAAGAGAGAAGAACAUACUUUAUGUGCUCAAGGCAAUGAGACUGUUGGAGAAAAUGAGCCAUGUCCAUUUCUCCCUUCAGAUAUUUCUGCUUUAGAAAGUUGGCAAGAAAAGAAGGUUAGACCUACUGGUGAUCCGCGAGUCAGUGCUGUGCUGGACUUGUUACUUAAGAGUUUGGGCCAAGUAAUUGAUGCAAAGGACAUUCUUAGGAUCCUUAAAACUCCAGCAAAAAAUGACUUAGGUAUGGUUCGAUUUAGCCUUUUUCAAGAGCAAGCUAUGGUCACCCAAAAAGUCCGUGGCAAUGCAAAUGUUCGUUAUGCCUGGCUUAGUACCUCCAAGGAUGUUGUGGAAGAGGUGAUGUCGAAGGGAGUUUUGAAGAAACCUAUACAGAAGCCUGCUUUUGGCAAUGGCAUUCAUCUGGCACCAGCAAAUUGUUCAAACAUACGUGCAAGCUGUUCUGAUAUUGACGAAAAUGGUGUUGUCCAUAUGAUGUUGUGCCGUGUAAUUAUGGGGAACAUGGAGCUGAUUCCGAUGGGAUCCAUGCAGCAUCAGCCCAGCCAUGAAAAUUUUGACAGUGGCAUAGAUGAUAUUCAAAAUCCAAAGCGUUAUAUUACAUGGGACUUGAAUAUGCAUACUCAUAUUUAUGCAGAAUAUAUUGUAACUUUAAACUUGCCAACCAAUGCUAAAGAAGGUUUGGUCAGGGAAGCCAGUAUAUCUAAUGUAUCUGCUUUGACAAAUUCUUAUUCACCUCACAGUUUAUUUCAGGAUAAGUGUCAGCCAUCUCCAGUUGUGGGAAAUCAAUCUACAGGUUUAUUGUCAGGCCGAGCUCCAAAAACUCCAACUUCACCAUGGAUGCCAUUCUCAAUGUUGUUUGCUGCAAUUUCAACUAAAGUACUUCCUGAAGACAUGGAUUUAGUUAAUACUCAUUAUGAAGAUUUUAAGAAGAAGAAGAUAAGCAGGAUUGACCUGAUUAAAAAGUUACGGCAGAUAGUUGGUGAUAAAUUGUUGGUUUCUACAAUAAUGAGGCUGCAACACACGGUUCGUUUUCACAGUUUUGAUUGUUACCACCAAUGGCCAGACAUCCACCUCCAAAAUCCUGGUCCACGGAGCUGCAAAACAAGCCUGGAAAUGGUGGAAGCCCCUCCUUGUUUCCAGGUUGGUGUUAGUUAGUAUAUGGGUCAUAUCUUAAUGGUGUUAGCGGACUCAAAUAGGCUGAUGAUACAGGGAACUACUAGUUCAUGCUCUGUAGGAACACAUGACAGUCUUUUAUUUCGUUAUAAAUGUGUGUUGAUCCUUGGCAUCUGGGGAUA